GGAGGGCUCCUAAACAACCUGCAGCAGCAGACCCGCUUCUCUCUCCCUCCCCACGUGGUGUGCGCGGUGCAGUCUCGCCAACCUACCUACAUGUGCAGCGGAAGCAGUCCAGUCAUGGCAGCCAACUUUACGAACGUUGAGCGCGUGGUGGCGGUGGUCGUGGUGCUGGUGGGGUGCCUGCUGUGCUUGCAGCAGGGCGCGCUCGCCGCGCCUCCCUACGAGUUCCUGCAACCCGCCGACAAGCCCCCCACCGUGUUCGCCGCCGACAACGCUUGCUAUCACGACGCCGAGGUGGAGACGCUGUGCCAGCGCUGCGCCAAGACCACCAAGUCGCCGGUGGUGUUCCCGAUGUGCUGCAACGACAAGGAGGAGGCGCGCGAGUGGUGCAAGCGGUACUUGGAGUUCGGCGUCGGGGCGCCCGCCACGAGCUGAGCACGCUGAGCAGCAAGCUGGCGGCCUCCUCGACUUCCAGCCCCGCCUCCAGCCUCGCCUCCGUCCAGGGCGACCCGCUCGGCCCACCCCUCCGUCCCGAGAAUGCCGUCCUCCAGUCGCCUCACCUGUUUGCACCUCACCGCGCCUCUCAUCGGCCAGCUCGGCCGCCCGGCGCCGCGCCCCGGAGGUCCUCGCGAAGGCCCUCGCCAAGAACGCGCCCCCUCGCAGUGCGACGGGGCGCACGUCACAGUCUGGGCCUCGUCCAAGCCGGGCGGCAGAGCGCCGCAGAGCGCUCGUCCCAUCGGUGUUCGAAGCAUUCGAGAAAAUAGUAUUGUCGCACUCUUUGCUCUGUCACUUACGUCAUUGUUAGGGUUAGUUUUAUUUAUGAAAUGGGCCGCGCCCGCGGCGGCUGCCUCCGGACUCUGCUUUUGUCGCUCUGUCUCUCUCGCAAGCAUGGCACGCUCCAUAGGAGUGCGAGAGAGGCAGAGCGAAGGAGCGCUGCUCGGAGCCAGACUGCUGGGGCUUGCGUUCCUAGUCAGGGGAUUCUUCUGUGAUAAUAACCAAUUCGCUAGAUCGUGCAACCACAACAAGCUCUCGUCCAUGUCCAAAGGUCCACAGAGACCGGUUGCCUCACGGAGGCCAACAAAAGCACACCAGCCCACCGCAUUAUCCGGUAGGAGAACUAGUCAAAUAGUGUGUGGUCCUCCUGUUUCGUUCUAACGGAUAUAUUUUUUUUAGUUACUUCGUUUGAAUGUCGCGUCCUUUUGCCUUCUGCACUUUGUAACUUAGAUUUCAGUUUUUGUUUCUAGAGUUUCUGAUCUUUGAUUCCCUUUUUGCUCGCGUUUCGUGUCCUUUAUAGCAUGUAGCAAUCUGUGACCGCCUUCCUCUGUCUUCGAUACCACAACCUCAUUCGAAUCAUACUUGUCAAGCUGUCUUUUUAUGUGUCCCAUUAUUGUCACGCUGUCUGUUUAAAUGUCCUCGCGAAUUCCCAGAAGCAAUUAAAGCCAUAAAUGCAAUAAUUGCUGAGCUCUAAGUACGAUAUCUGGGUGCCGAAGUUCGGCGAGUGGGUUCAUCUAAUUUAUUUAAUACGAAUCGGGCGCGUUCGUAACCUUUAUUUUUAUUUUUUUUAAUAUAAAGGAAAGGGUGGGUUGGAACCGACUCCUUCCUUACGCGCCUGGUGAUAAUGGCUGUGCAGCAAUAAAUAAGUGACACUUCUUUUAUUUAAUUGCAAGGUAAUUGCAUGAACUGUUUUUCGACAGGCAGAUUUGGCUCCCAUCAUCUGUUCUUUUGUUCAAAUAAUGAUGUCAAUUUGGUCUGAAAAAUGUCAGUUUUCAUAUCAGUGAAACCGUCCAUCUUAAGUCUUUUUAUGACUCCUUAAGAAGUAUUUUGUUACACCAGCUUACAUGGGAAAUUGUGAAUGCAAGUGCUGGCUGUAAAUCAAAAUAUUGUGAUGAAUAAAAAAAAUAUUUAAUGUGAUAUAAGUA